UUACACAUGAUGCUGAAAGAAGAUGGAGGUAUCAAAGCCCUAGUAGGAAUGGUUGGAUGUGGGAAUAUUGAUGUCAUAGCACAAGUUGCCAGGGGGAUGGCAAACUUUGCAAAAUGUGAAUCUCGAGGAAUCAUUCAAGUUCUGCGUGCUGCAGGACACAGAAAGGGUUGUUCGCUUCUGAUUGAAGAUGGUGCUCUUGAAUGGCUAAUUUCUAACUCAAAUAUCACUUCAGCUUUAGCUCGACGCCAUGUUGAGCUUGCACUUUGUCAUUUAGCCCAAAAUGAGGAUAAUGUCAGGGAUUUCAUAACCACUGGAGGAGUUGAAGAGCUUAUUUGGAUCUCCAUUGAGUCAAGUAGAGAAGAUUUCCAUAGCUUAGCUAAGAAAGGUCAUGAAAGAUAA